AUGGCAAAAUAAUCGGUAUUUGAGACUAGAUAUCGGUUCAACUGCAAGUGCCAUAUUUGAAACAGCUUUUUAAAAAUAGACUGAAAAAUGCGAAAAUCCACUUCGGCCAGUUCCUUUGAUCAUCAAAAAGACAAUUUUGUUCCGUGUAGAUGCCCUGGAAAUCCAAAGUUGGCCUUGGGGUCAGCCAGGCCUCCUUUGGCCACUAUACAAGAAGAAGCUCCUCAAAAACAAAACUUAACCACUAACUAUCAUAAAAAGAUAAAUCAGGAAAUGGAAGAAAAAUCGAAGCGUGCCACUAUAUCACCAAUUUUACCCGCUAGAAGAACACAUGUUUUGUCCAAAGCUCCCGAAAUGGCUUCGUCCUCGAGAAGGAAGGAAUCUCAUAAGGAGACUCAGAGGCCGGUAUCCCAGCCAAUAUUUAUACCUUGGGCAGAAUCAACAAGCGUCACUCAAAAAGUGCAGAGCUCAAUUUCACGUAUUCACCCAGUAAUACAUUCAGUUGCUCUAUCAGUAUCAUCAGGAUCUAAAUUUUCAACUGCAGAUACAGUAUUGCAGGAAAAUAAAGAAAAUCGAAGUCAAGCGGGUUUUCCGAAGAGACCUGACAGGCAUUUGAUGGAUUCUAAAGAGCCUUCAUGCAGAAGAGGAUGUGAUCAAAGAGCUAGCAUCAGCAGCAUCAGCCAAGUCGAAGCUCCAAGAUCUUCUGCAUUAAAAACAUCUACUAUAGAUAUGCGAGGCGGUGCAAAAGAAAAACAAAGAACUUUCGAGCGCUCUCAAUUAAAAACUAGCCAAACAACAGUAAGUAAACUCAAACCUCCUGUUAGAGCAGAUCUUAGCGCUUCUACAACAAGCUCAAGCUCUUCUGGAUACAUUUCCAUGAAAUCCACAAAAUCGAGCAGUACACUGAAACCUGAUGGAAAAGUUUUACAAGUCGCGGAAUUAGACAGCCAGAAAUUUAAAACCCUAACCCAGAAAACGAUAAGUUUCUCCUGUCCAUCUUACAGCUGCUCAUCAAAAAUCCCAACGAAAUCUUCGGAAUGUUUAACUGUAUGUGAAACGCAAAAGUCGAAAAGCCCAUGGGAAGCCGUUUCUUUAGCAGCUCAAAUGGGAAAAGUCACAUUGAUUAGAGAUACUUCUUUAAUAUGUGAAAACGACAUGCCGUUCGUUCCAAUGGAGCAAUUUAUGCAAAAUUUGGACGAAGGAAAAGGGCAGUCGAUUAAAACCGUUCCAGUAUCACCGUACUCCUUAAAUUGGAUACCCAGAAGAAGCAAUGUAUCAGAAUUAGAAAAAAAUUACGUUCCAAAACCAGCUGUUAAGACAACAUUAGCUCGAAAUAAGAAGCAACGUACACUUCCUCUGAUGUAUACGCCUGAUUACGAUGAAGUUGUAAUUUUUUACUGCUUCCAACUUCGUACUUGCUUUCUCGCUAACAGAGAGUUGGUUAAUGCACACAUGAACAAAAGAGUUCGAGGUUGUGUUAUAGAGUGGAUUCUUAAAGUGUCGAAUUAUAUCACCCCAGAAGUCGAUUCCGUAUUUUAUAUGUCAGUUCGGCUAUUUGAUUUUGCCGUAAUCUCUCUAAAACUGAAUAGUAAACUGUAUCAACUGGCAGCUAUUGCGGCCAUUUGGAUAUCGGCAAAAUAUCUCGCUGAUAUAAAAAUAGAGGUACCUAAACUGUGUUCCUUCUGUGAAAUAAAAUUCUCAAAGCAGGAAAUUCUGUCCAUGGAAAAGAAAUUAUUAAAGUCAACGCAUUUUUGUCUCAGCAUGGUCGAUCCCUUGGAUUUCCUUAAUUAUUAUUUGAAACUCUCAAAUUUAGAUGAGGAUAAGGUGCUCAGAUAUGGAGCAAAUUUCGUAAUGGAAUGCAGCACAAUGUUUGAUUUAUACGCCUAUACUGAACCGACAUUUCUAGUAGCAGCUUCGUUAUAUUUAGCUUAUCGAGUAAUUAAACAAUCUAAUGUAAUAAGUAUAAAUUUUAUAUGGUACGAAAAAGUUGACCUCGAAACGUACGCAAAUGAUGUUCUAAAAGCUCGAGUCCUUCAUGCGAUUAAACACCAACGAGAACCUGCUCAAAUAUAUUCAUCUGCUAAAAAACUAUUCGUGGCAAAGCAUUUUGUGUAGCAAACUAGCAUAUUCUUAACUUAACUAAUAGAGAAAGUUUGAAAAAGCUGACUUUAUUGAUUUUGUUUAUUAAUUUAUUUUUUUAUUACUUUAUUCAUUGUAUUCAUUACUUUAUUCAUGUGUGUUAUUUUAAGGUUGUUAAUGUUAUUUUUCUAUUUUAAAGCAACUGAUUUACUUACAUUUCAAAAUCGAUGACGAAAAUAAAUAUUAUUCACGUCAUUGACUUUUACCGACUGCAAUCUUAACAUAAAUUAUAGUUUUUUAAUAAUUUUUAUGUAUUUACGUUUAGUUCCUAUUUACGUUUAGUUCCUCCCUUCUUAACUAAAUCUUAAAAAAUGCAUCGGCUUGAUAUGGAGCAAACAACAUAACAAUUUGAAAUAUUUUAUCAUACAAAACGUAACUGACAAUUUUUUUUGUUAUUUCCUAAGUUUAACAGUAAAUAACAUUGCACUAAUUGUUAUUAUGCAGCUCAAUUUAACAAAAAUUCUCAAUUGUAUAGUUAGUAAUUACAAUGUACCUAUUUAUAUUUGUAAUAAUUUAAAUUUAAGGGGCAUCCUAUACAUAUAUUGUAAUUACAAAUGUUCAAAAACAAACAUACAAGAAUGUUAUUAGAAAAAGUUGACUUUAAUUUCGUAAAACUUAUUAUGGUCUCAAUAUCUUGAUAUAGCAAUGUGCACUUUCAGGUGACCUCAUUGCUACACUUUGUGCAUUAUUAAACCUUCAAGACAAUUAGUUCUAAUUGAAACAAUCAUUUUACUAUUUAAGCGAAUAAAGGGAAUUUUUCGUAGAGCACGAACGAGCUUGAUUCUAUUUUACUGAUAUAUGCAUAAAUUGUUGGUUAUAAAUUAAUUGAAAGUAAAGUGCGAAGGUGUGAAAUAUCGUGAUUGGUGAGUGUAAAAUAUUGCUGAAGAAAACAUGUCAGAAAGAUCAUCAAUAUCAGAAAAAGUAGCAGAGUGUGGAAAGUUCGGUACACAAGAAAAAAACAUGAAUGAAUUUAGGAAACGAUGGCAACUUUGGGCAAAAAUUCUGGAAUUGAUACUUUGUGCUUUAUGCAUUGGGUUGGUUAUGGAACCAGCAAAAAGGGGAGAUUUAGCAAGAAUCCAUUUGGCACACUUUGCUUUAAUCUUUCCAACUUUCAUUGGAUACUCUCUCAUCGUGUCUGUAUUUUUAGUGGCAAAAGCAAUUUCCGGCGACACAAUACCAUAUAGGACGGGAUUUAUGCUCUCCUUGCUGGGGUCAUGUUUCUUCUUCACAUGUGCAGUUUUACUAAUUCUUGAUCGAAAGAAGAAUUAUUUCCUUGACGAAUUUUUCUACGAACCCAGACCUUACAUACUGAAAUUAUUAACCGCAUCUACUGGACUUUCGUUCAUCACUUCCAUACUAUUUGGGGUUGAAGCAUUUUAUAUUUUUAAAUUCCGUGAAGAUUUCUAAAUUGAUCUAAAUCAUGAAAACCAAUGCUAUAAUUUAAUUAAAAGCUAAUUUAAUAUUGAUACAAUUAGAGAGAUUUCGAAUUAUCACAAUAUUUCUUAUAAUACUUUUCAAUUAUGUAGUAGCAGGAAAAAAAUGUUAGUGUAAGUAGUUUAUAUGUGUAUUCUAAGUAAUGUAAUAUAUUAGUAAUGUAUAAAUGCAUAUGCCAAUAUUUAUACCUAAAAAUUAAAACGUCAUUUGCGCAUUGUUAGAUUACGUAUCAGCGCCAAUUACGGGAUUAAGCACAUCGUUAUGAUGCAUAAAACCUAUAUUUUCAAUAUAAUUUUUAAAUUGUAAAAUGUAAUUACGCAGUUUUAUUUCAAGUUUUUCGACUUGCAUGUCAGUAUCGACCGUUUAAUUUUAAUGUUAGUCCUGGAAGUGUAAAUUAAGUUUGCGAAAUAUAGAGUUCACAUACCUAAUAUAAAAUAAAUUCGUUAUCAUUGUAAUGUGAUGCCUUAAAGGUGAGAUGUGACAUUAUAAUUUAUUGAAUAAAGAUCCACAUUUUUACAAAAAUCU